AUGGAAUUGAACUCGUCGGUGGCGGCCUUGGCCCAUACUGGAAGCACCGCGUGCAGCCGUGCUCCAGGACAAUAGACAGGAUCAAACAAUAGUAAUUCACUAGAACCACCGGUCAGUGAGCUGGCAAUACUACACAUAUGAGAAAAGGGGCACCCACCUAGAACCACCGGUCAGUGAGCUGGCGAAAGCCAACGGAGGUUCUAGGCGCGCGCAAGCUAUUCAAUCAAGUCCAAAGCUCCAUCGCCUUCCAUAAUACCUCGGGCAAAGGCCUCAGGCCUUGCACAUACCUCACGUUUGUCACUAGACAUUGCCUCGCGCCAGGUCUGUGGGUCGCUGGUGAUGAACUUGACUGGCUGAAUGGCCUCGCCCACCUCCCCUCGGACAUUCAGCAAUUCCUCGCCGCACCCGUACUGACGGCCGAGUCCACCCCCUGUACAGCAACCGUCCCCUCGUCCCGUGUGCUCUCCUUCUACCAAAACGACCUCCCCGCCCUCCCCAGUCGCUACCACCUCGACGACCUUCACACCCACCUCUCCCACAACUACUCACAACUCGAAUCGAACCAUUCCUUCAUCGAAUGGUGGUUCCCACUCCGAACACCCGGUGUGAACGCUCAAGCACCUUUACUCACCUCGAACCCCAACGAACUCAUCGCUUUGAGGACCGAUCCGGAGGUGCAACGUCGGUUCAGGAACAGUUACGAGAUCAUGUUGGAUUUUUAUGGGUUCGCAUUGGACGAUUUCGAUUCGGGAAGGAUCAAGAGAACCGAACACUAUGAAGCGAGGUAUCGUAAUCUGGUAAAGAACAGUCAUAAUUGGUUACGCCUAUCGAGGAUCCUCGAAAGUUGUGCAGAGGUAAGUGGCGUUCCCCGACCUUGAAAAAAGUGUCGCGCAAGCCACAACCAAAAAAAAAAAAAAAAAAACCGUUUUCUUAAAACUCGCUUGUUCCUGCUGCUCCUCCCGAACCCAACACCAGUUUGGCCUCGAAUACUCCCACGCAGCUCCACUCCUCUUCAUCCUCGUCGAACAAAACCCGUCCUCCCCGAACGGACUCUUGAGCGACCGAAGCUUGAUCCGAUCGAUGGACCAAUACUGGAGGUAUUGCAUUCGCAAUGAAGAGGAAAGGGAAUGGGUUGUCAGGGUGAUCGAUGAGGUUCGAAGAGGGGAGAGGGAAUGGACGCAGACGGAGUACGAGCAGGCGAUUGGGAGGAGGAAGGUGACGGGUACUUUCAGGGAGGACGUACAAGCGAAUUGA